GACUGAGAAUGACAAAGACGCGCUCUAGAGAAUCGUCGGAUUGUUAAAUUUCAAAUAAUCUUUUCUUUUCCAACAUACUGCGAUCUAUCCUCUUUCUUGGAUAUCCGCCAUUGUAUAUUAUUGUGCGACUCAUCAUGUCUAAUCCUACAAAGGACAUCCAAGCCGAGUUGGCUACAAAAGCGGCCGACAUUUUUGUUGAAAGUUUCUACGAAGCUCUGAAUAAGCCCAAUCUUCGCUCAACCAUCACAUCCUUCUAUAUCAAGCCUUCCGCUUUGGCCCCGGCCGAAGCAUCCAUAACCAUUAAUGGAAACAUCUUACCAACACCCUCCGCCUUCCAAGAAACGUUCGAAAAUAAGAUAGGCAAAACCUUGUAUGAAGCGCAAGCAUAUGAUGCCCAUGUCAUAAACUCAAACUAUAAUAUAGGGGUUGAGGAAAGUAAGCUUGGGCCGGAUAAGGAUGGGAAGAAAAUCAGUAUUGCUAUUAUGGUUAGCGGACAAGUGAAAUACACGUCGAAGAAUGGGGACGAGGGAGAAGAGCGAGGUUUUAUGGAGAAUUUUGUCUUGGUUCCCAAUGUGGAGGCUAGAAAUCCAAAGGCGCCGAAGGGGAUUAAGAAAUGGUUGAUUCAGAGUCAGAUAUUUAGAUUGGUACUUUGAGGUUUCGAAAUCUAAAGAGUACGAAGGAAAUAUGGAAGAUGGGAUGGAGAAACCUAUUCCAAACAGCAGGUUAGAGAGCGUUCUCUACGGAAGCAGCAUUGCUCAGCGAAUCGAAGAAAUGCCACCCUACGGAAAACACUCAUGGUCGGUCGACCCAUUGCCGAUUCAUUUGGGGCACUCCUCAAACAUCUCAGAUUUGAUAUCAAAUCUAGUCAGAUGACGAGACCCUGAGAUAGUGUCAAAGAUUCGGCGAUGGAAAUUCUAUAUCUCUAUGCAAAAUUGUGGGUCGACCUCUUAGUAGAGACUCAGGCAGUAUCCUUGAGAAGAGUUGCAAAUCUACAAGUUGAAUCACGCAUUCGAAGUUGAGAGUAUAUGGGCAAUAUGGUAUUAAUACAAUAAGGUUGCUAAUUAUCAUGAUGCA